UGCUCCGCCCUCACCGCCCGGGGAGCUUUGUCUCGCGGCCUCGCGCGCCCUCGCUCCACUGUCGGCGGCGCGGCGCCCCCAGCUACCGGCCCGUGAGCAGGCGCGGGCGCGGGCGCGGGCGCGGGGCUGAGGCCGGGCGACGCGGGGGUUGCUGCGGGACGCCAUGGUGUGAGAGCCGCUGCCGCCCCGCGCACGCUCCUCCCGUCGCAGCCCGGCCUGUGACGAGAUCACCCAGCCUUCGCUGUCUUCAUCGUGACACUCGCUUUGGGCGGCAAAAAGGGAAAAUGGCGAACGACUCCCCUGCAAAAAGUCUGGUGGACAUCGACCUCUCCUCCUUACGGGACCCUGCUGGGAUUUUUGAGCUGGUGGAAGUGGUUGGAAAUGGCACCUACGGACAAGUCUAUAAGGGCCGACAUGUUAAAACAGGUCAGCUGGCAGCCAUCAAAGUCAUGGAUGUUACUGAGGAUGAAGAGGAAGAAAUCAAACUGGAGAUAAAUAUGCUGAAGAAAUAUUCUCAUCAUAGAAAUAUUGCAACAUAUUAUGGUGCUUUCAUUAAGAAGAGCCCUCCAGGACAUGAUGACCAGCUUUGGCUUGUUAUGGAGUUUUGUGGGGCCGGGUCCAUCACAGACCUUGUGAAGAACACCAAAGGGAACACACUCAAAGAAGACUGGAUAGCUUAUAUCUCCAGAGAGAUCCUGAGGGGACUGGCACAUCUUCACAUCCAUCAUGUGAUUCACCGGGACAUCAAGGGCCAGAAUGUAUUGCUGACCGAGAAUGCAGAGGUGAAACUUGUUGAUUUUGGUGUGAGUGCUCAGCUUGACAGGACCGUUGGGAGGAGAAAUACGUUCAUAGGCACACCCUACUGGAUGGCUCCUGAGGUCAUCGCCUGUGAUGAAAAUCCGGAUGCCACCUAUGAUUACAGAAGUGACCUUUGGUCUUGUGGCAUUACAGCCAUUGAGAUGGCAGAAGGUGCUCCCCCUCUCUGUGACAUGCAUCCAAUGAGAGCACUGUUUCUCAUUCCCAGAAACCCUCCUCCCCGGCUGAAGUCAAAAAAAUGGUCAAAGAAAUUUUUUAGUUUUAUAGAAGGGUGCCUGGUGAAGAAUUACAUGCAGCGGCCCUCCACAGAGCAGCUUUUGAAACACCCUUUUAUAAGGGAUCAGCCAAACGAAAGGCAAGUUAGAAUCCAGCUUAAGGACCAUAUAGAUCGGACCAGGAAGAAGAGAGGAGAGAAAGAUGAAACUGAAUAUGAGUACAGUGGCAGUGAGGAAGAGGAGGAAGAAGUGCCUGAACAGGAAGGAGAGCCAAGUUCCAUUGUCAACGUGCCUGGUGAGUCCACUCUGCGGCGGGAUUUCUUGAGACUGCAGCAGGAGAACAAGGAACGCUCUGAGGCUCUUCGGAGACAACAGCUCCUACAGGAGCAGCAGCUCAGGGAGCAGGAGGAGUAUAAAAGGCAGCUGCUGGCAGAGAGACAGAAACGGAUUGAGCAGCAAAAAGAACAGAGGCGGCGGCUAGAAGAGCAACAAAGGAGAGAGCGUGAAGCUAGAAGGCAACAGGAACGUGAGCAGAGAAGAAGAGAACAAGAAGAGAAGAGGCGUUUGGAGGAACUGGAGAGAAGGCGUAAAGAGGAAGAGGAUAGGAGACGGGCAGAAGAAGAGAAGAGGAGAGUGGAAAGGGAGCAGGAGUUUAUCAGGCGACAGCUAGAAGAGGAGCAGCGGCACUUGGAACUCCUUCAGCAGCAGCUGCUCCAGGAGCAGGCCAUGUUACUGGAGUGCCGAUGGCGGGAGAUGGAGGAGCACCGGCAGGCAGAGAGGCUCCAGAGACAGUUGCAACAAGAACAAGCAUAUCUCCUGUCUCUACAGCAUGACCACCGGAGGCCGCACCCACAGCAGCAGCUGCCACCGCAACAGGAAAGGAGCAAGCCAAGCUACCAUGCACCAGAGCCCAAACCCCACUUUGAGCCUGCUGACAGAGCUCGAGAGGUGGAAGAUAGAUAUAGGAAAACUAACCACAGCUCCCCUGAAGCCCAGUCUAAGCAGACAGGCAGAAUAUUGGAGCCACCAGUGCCUUCCAGAUCAGAGUCUUUUUCCAAUGGCAACUCCGAGUCUGUACAUCCUGCCCUGCAGAGACCAGCUGAGCCACAGGUACAGUGGUCCCACCUGGCAUCUCUCAAGAACAAUGUUUCCCCUGUCUCGCGAUCCCAUUCCUUCAGUGACCCUUCUCCUCCCAAAUUUGCACACCACCAUCUUCGCUCUCAGGACCCAUGUCCACCUUCCCGCAGUGAGGUGCUAAGUCAAAGUUCUGACUCUAAGUCGGAGGUACCUGACCCCACCCAAAAGGCUUGGUCUAGAUCAGACAGUGACGAGGUGCCUCCAAGGGUUCCUGUGAGAACAACGUCUCGUUCCCCGGUUCUGUCCCGACGGGAUUCCCCUCUGCAGGGCAGUGGACAACAGAGUAGCCAAGCAGUUCAAAGAAACUCCACCAGCAGUGGUAUUGAGCCCAGGCUUCUGUGGGAAAGAGUGGAGAAGCUGGUGCCCAGGCCUGGCAGUGGCAGCUCCUCGGGGUCUAGCAACUCGGGCUCCCAGCCUGGGUCUCAGAGUGGCUCUGGAGAGCGCUUCCGAGUGAGAUCAUCAUCCAAAUCUGAAGGUUCUCCAUCUCAGCGCCUUGAAAAUGCAGCAAAAAAAACUGAAGACAAAAAAGAAGUGUUUAGACCUCUCAAGCCCGCUGAUUUGACUGCACUGGCUAAAGAGCUUCGAGCAGUUGAAGAUGUGCGACCACCACACAAAGUGACAGACUACUCUUCAUCCAGCGAGGAGUCGGGGACGACGGAUGAGGAGGAGGAUGACGCAGAGCAGGAGGGGACUGGGGAACCCAUGUCUGGACCAGAGGACACCAGAGCAGCGUCAUCUCUGAAUUUGAGCAAUGGUGAAACAGAAUCUGUGAAAACCAUGAUUGUCCAUGAUGAUGUGGAAAGUGAACCAGCCAUGACCCCAUCCAAGGAGGGCACACUAAUUGUCCGCCAGAGUACAGUUGACCAAAAGCGUGCCAGCCAUCAUGAGAGCAAUGGCUUUGCCGGUCGCAUUCACCUCUUGCCAGAUCUCUUACAGCAAAGCCAUUCCUCCUCCACUUCCUCCACCUCCUCCUCCCCAUCUUCCAGCCAGCCGACACCCACCAUGUCCCCACAGACACCCCAGGACAAGCUCACUACUAAUGAGACUCAGUCCGCUAGUAGCACACUCCAGAAACACAAAUCUUCCUCCUCCUUUACACCUUUUAUAGACCCCAGAUUACUACAGAUCUCUCCAUCUAGUGGGACAACAGUGACUUCUGUGGUGGGAUUUUCCUGUGAUGGAAUGAGACCAGAAGCCAUAAGGCAAGAUCCUACCCGGAAGGGCUCAGUGGUCAAUGUGAAUCCCACCAACACUAGGCCACAGAGUGACACCCCAGAGAUCCGUAAAUAUAAGAAGAGAUUUAAUUCUGAGAUUCUGUGUGCUGCCUUAUGGGGAGUGAAUUUGUUAGUGGGUACCGAAAGUGGCCUGAUGCUGCUGGACAGAAGUGGCCAAGGGAAGGUAUAUCCUCUGAUCAACCGAAGACGAUUUCAGCAAAUGGAUGUCCUUGAAGGCUUGAAUGUCUUAGUGACUAUAUCUGGCAAAAAGGAUAAGUUACGUGUCUACUAUUUGUCCUGGUUAAGAAACAAAAUCCUUCACAAUGAUCCAGAAGUUGAGAAGAAGCAGGGGUGGACAACUGUCGGGGAUUUGGAAGGAUGUGUACACUAUAAAGUUGUAAAAUAUGAAAGAAUCAAAUUUCUCGUAAUUGCCUUGAAGAAUUCUGUGGAAGUUUAUGCAUGGGCACCCAAGCCAUAUCACAAAUUUAUGGCCUUUAAGUCGUUUGGAGAAUUGGUACAUAAGCCAUUACUGGUGGAUCUCACUGUGGAGGAAGGCCAGAGGUUGAAAGUGAUCUAUGGAUCCUGUACUGGGUUCCAUGCUGUUGAUGUGGAUUCAGGAUCAGUCUAUGACAUUUAUCUACCAACACACGUAAGAAAGAACCCACACUCUAUGAUCCAGUGUAGCAUCAAACCCCAUGCAAUCAUCAUCCUCCCCAACACAGAUGGGAUGGAGCUUCUGGUGUGCUAUGAAGAUGAAGGGGUUUAUGUGAAUACCUAUGGAAGGAUCACCAAGGAUGUGGUCCUGCAGUGGGGAGAGAUGCCAACAUCUGUAGCAUAUAUUCGAUCCAAUCAGACAAUGGGCUGGGGAGAAAAGGCCAUAGAAAUCCGGUCGGUGGAAACUGGUCACCUGGAUGGUGUGUUUAUGCACAAAAGGGCUCAAAGACUGAAAUUCUUGUGUGAACGCAAUGACAAGGUGUUCUUUGCCUCUGUUCGGUCUGGUGGCAGCAGUCAGGUAUAUUUUAUGACAUUGGGCAGGACUUCUCUUCUGAGCUGGUAGAAGCAUGGCAGUGAGGAUCACUGGCCUCAGAGUCUUCCAGAUCCUGAGUACUUGGAAUUCCUGCAACUGGAGCUCAGAGCUGCACCGGGGCAGUCCAGGACAGCUGUGUUGCGCAGACAGCGCCCAUGGGAUUUUCUCCUUUCGUUCCUCUUCUUCCUACCAGUUUAUCCCCAAUCCUUUUUUUUUCUUUUUUUUUUUCUUGCUCAAAAAUAAAUCAAGGCUGCAAUGCAGCUGGUGCUGUUCAGAUUCUACCAUCAGGUGCUAUCAGUGUUUUGGAUCAAGCAUCAAACCAGAGAGCAAAUGCCUUUCCUGCAGCUCCAGAAUUCCUUGUCUUUGAGUGACUCUGUCAUUUGGGUGUCUGAAGGUAGAGACCGUGAAAAUGCUGUUGGUUUAUUGCAAGUGGGCACAAGGGGGUGUAGAGUGGUGGUCUUAAUGAGCAGUUUGCUGAAGUAAGAGCAGAUUUAAUAUAGUAACAUUAACAAUGUAUUUAAUUGACAUUUCUUUUUUGUAAUGUGAUAAUAUGUGGACAAAGAAGAAGGGGCAGGUUUAAGAAGUUAAUAUUUAUAAAAUGUGAAAGACACAGUUACUAGGAUAACUUUUUUGUGGGCGGGGCUUGGGAGGCAGGAUAGGGUGGGUUAUGGGUGUCCCAUUUUAUCUGGAUUUUUUUUUUUCUUUUGGCUUCAUCAUGAACUCAGUCAUUUUUCUGUGUACCAGAUUUUGCCUAAAUCAUGAGUAGAUAGUUCUUUAAAACGAAAAAAAAAGGAAAAAGAAAAUGUGUGCAUUUGUCUAAUGGCCAGAAUUUUGUUGUGUGACAGUAUUAGCACUGCCUCAGUUAAGGUUUAAUUUUUGCUUAAACCUAGAAGGGCGACAACAGUUUUACCACAGUCCGCACUUGGCGGAGGAAAAUUUAUUUUUCAACCACAUACUAUUUUUUUUUGCCUACCUCAUUGUUUUUAAUGCAUUAAGAGGUGGUUUUGUUUAUGUUUUUGGAGGAAAACAUUAAUGUUUAAUUUAAUCUUAAUACCAAAACUAUCAGGUUGAAGUUUGACUGUUAUUUGUCACAGGUCUCAGUAGGCACAUGAGAAAUUGUCUCCGAAGAUGGGAAAUAACCAUAGGGCUUCAUCAUGCUGACUGAUGCAAUCUUCUUUCUAAGUAGAGAGAGCAGAAAGCAUUGUUUUCAUAUAUUAACCUUAGUGGUUGGUGGACCACUGUAGCCUACAACAUAAGGGGUCUCAUUGUUCUCAGUUCAGGGUUUUGUUAGCAGACAGGUGGUCAUAUCAGAAUAGUCACACAAACUGCUCAUUUUUCAGGAACCUUUCCAGGGGGGUGAGGGUAUUUCCCUUUUCUAAAAAUGCAAUGCACUAAAACUAUUUUAAGAAUGUAGUUAAUACUGCUUAUUUGUAAGACAUCUUCUCCCUUUGUUUUAGGUGUAAUAUCAAGGCCCUGGAUUUUCUCAUUCUUUCACUUGUUCUCUUGUUUUCUUUCUGUUUCUUAAACCAACUUCAUGAAUAUGUUCAUGACAUUGUAAUAAAUACCUUGGGUGAUAAUUUGUUUCUUGGCUCCAUGGUCACUCAGUUCCUCCAAGGGUAGCAGUCUCUUGGGAAAGGAACAAGCCUCAGCAUCAUAGUUCUGCCAUCUUCCUUUUUCCUGUUGGGUUCUAAGUGGGAGGACUUUAUGAGGGCUGCUUUGAACUCUGCACCAAACAGAAGUUUAGUGUUUCAUAGGCUUAAUCCUUCUUUGUGGUUAGUUUUCUAUUAUAACAUGAAGAUGGAGAACUUACCUCCCCAAAAUAUAAGUCAUUUGCACCUAUUUGCCAAGGCUGUGCCCAGCAUUCUGAUCUUAUUUGGCAUCCACUUUGACCACUGUUACCCUCUUUCUCCUGGCUUGGCAUUUUUGCCAAAGGCUAUUCUUUGAAUUAUGAAAAUCUAGUAAAAAAUAAAUGCACUCACAAAUGCAAUAACAACAGCUGAUUGUACAUACUCAUAAAGGCAAGAUACACUUGAGAAAGCACUCCUUUCUUUUGGAAGGACAAGGCAAUGGAAAUGAUUUGUCCAUUUGUAUGACUUUGGAGUAAUGCUGAUGUCCAAAGUAGAAAAAACUAGUUCUUUUCAACUAAUUUGUUGUUAACAUAGAGAAGAAGAUUGAAGAAUUAAUCUCACCUUUGGAAGGGACUUUUGAGAUAGACUAGGUUCCACCAUCACAGGACUUGACUCAAAACCAAAUCAUUGUUGGAGAUUUUCUAUACAUUUUGGCUUUUCAAGUAAGAUACAAUGUGCCACCAUGAACAUGUAUAUGCACCAAGAGAAGAAAGAAGUGGCUAUCUGGGUCCAUUAUACCCCGUCCUCCAUGGCUUUGGAGAGGUUAAAUUUGGGCAGGUAUCUUUGAGAAAAUUCUAAACUUCUGAUAUCAGCAUGGAAGAGAUGUAAAAGGACAAGGCAUCACAGAUUUAAUUUUCCACAUACUUGAACCUCAAUAUUGAUCAUGCAAGGGGGUGUCAUGCAGAUAAUGCAGAUGGUGUUCCAUUGGGAUUACUGGCUGUUUAGAACUUGUCAAAAACUGGGUUCUCCCUGAGAUGUGAUGGGGUCUGAGCGCAAGGCAGAAUAGUGCCUGUCCUACUUGCCCCAGUCACCCACCUGACACUCCCUUGGUGUUUGAGUCGAAGAGAAUUGAAUUCACUGGGGGGCUUCAUUUCCUCAGAUGGCCCAUCCAUUUGUCCUUGUGGGGUAGGUUGUCCUCCUUGACUGCGUUGUCACCUUCUUGGCCUCACCACCAAGUCAGCCAAACUGUAUUGCUACAGUUUGAAGCAGGUGCCCAAUUAGGUUUCUCCAUAGAAGACUGUGAGCUGUUAAAAUUUCAUUCUCUGGAGAAGGGAAGAUUUUGUUCCUUUAAAAAGGUAGUGACUUCACAAAAGUGUCAGGACAGCAAAAUUACAUAAAGGAAGCAGUAUUACAGUGAUAACCACUAAACAUGGAAUAUUGAAAACGAUUAUAGCAGUGCUCUUCAAACAAAACACAAAUAUGUCUACGUUUAAUCAAAGCUUUAAUAACUAAUACCUUUCUGUAUUUAAAUCAGAGUAACUUUGUAUUCAGUGCAGUGUUUUUACUUUUUCCUCAUGCCCAUGUUAUGGUGGAGAAAAUGUUUACAAAAAUGGUUUUGUUACACUAAUGUGCAUCACAUAUUUAUGGUUUAUUUUUAAUUGACUUUUUUAAUGGGUUAUAUAGGUUUUCCUCAUAGUUGUAGUUCACUUGUGGUGAUUCAUAUCCCUAAUUUUGCCAACUAUAAAUUUGUUAAACAGAAAUACAAAUGACAGAUUGCAUUAAAUUUACUAAUCCUAGAACUGCAAAGCAGAUUGGUGGCAAGUACACAGCCUUCUUUUUAUUUUCAGUGCUAACUUGUUUUCUCUGUAUUAUGAAAAUUACUGUUGUUCCUCCCCUUUUUUCAUUAAAUAAAGUAAAAAU